UGGGUAUGUAAAGCGGUGAAAGGGCUGCACCUGUUGAAUUUGUCCCUGGUAAAGGCGGUGCUGGCAGACGGCGACCCCGAAGACCAUUAAGGGCAUCGCGGGGCGGGGGGAUGGACUGAGUGUGCAUUUCUCCAACAGCAUUUUGUUUGUUGUUUUAGAUCUGCGAGAGUUCAGCUAUCAAAAGUUCCAUCAGUGGAGCAUUACUGCGUUUCGAACGUAAGGAAAUCGUCGCUGCUUCCAGAUCCAGUAAUGCAAAAGAAAUAUUACAAGGGGAGUUCCUGCAAACAAGAAUCUGUAGCACUUGCUGCUGUGGCAUUACAAGAUCAUAUUUUAUAUAAUCUUCAGCUGAAGAAUCUGUCAUUAGCUGAGCCCUUUCAAUCAAAGGCACAGAAUAAAAAGAGCACAUACAAACCUGUGAACAAAGAGAACGUCAGAGCAUUAGUAGAUACUGGACUGAGAAAAGCAAGUAGUCACCAACGAGAAAACGAAGACCCAGAACAAGAAUAUGUCCUCGAUCCUUGUCCUCAGCCUCUUACAUUAGCUCAGAAACUUGGCUUGGUGGACUGUCCUGCACUGCCGCUCACAACAGAGGAAUGGGAGCAUGUGAAGCAACGGUCCAUGAAACACGGACAUUCUGUACAACCUUGUGCCAUUUGCAGAGAAGAAUUUGCACUUCAACCACAGGUGCUGCUUUCAUGUUCCCAUGUGUUUCACAGAGCAUGCCUGAAAGCUUUUGAAAGAUUUGCAGGUAAAAAGACCUGUCCAAUGUGCAGAAAGAUGCAGUAUCAAACGCGAGUAAUUCAUGACGGAGCACGCCUGUUUAGAAUAAAGUGUGCGACCAGAAUGCAAGCUUGCUGGCGAGGGUACAUUGUGAGAAAAUGGUAUAAGAACCUGAGAACAACAGUGCCUCCAAAAGAUCCCAAAUUGCGAAAAAGGUUCUUUGAAGAAAAGUUUACAGAGAUUUGCCAACGUUUAUUGAAUUCAUAUGACAACAAAGUCGACAAACUCUUCUCUGAGAUUGAUUCAACAAUCGCUGCAAGUCAAACGAUGUUUCAGCAACUGGACAAAAGGCUGGGCCCAUUCACAAGUGAAGUCGAAUGGGAAAAAAUCCAGAUGCAGGCACUCCGGCAAGAAAUUGUCGACUGCCCGAUUUGCAUUAUGCCACUCAGUCACCCCGCUUGUCUUCACGAUGGACUUCCCCAGGACAGCCACCGAUCAUGUUCACGCAAAACUGUUCUGCUCUCCUGUUCACACAUGUUCCACAACUCCUGCCUUCAAGCGUUUGAAGAGUUCUCCUUGGUGGAGACACCCGUUUGCCCCUUGUGCCGUUCUGGCUACCAAAAGAAGAUCCUCAACAUGUUGGCAUAACUGAUAUCGAUCACACUGGGAGAAAUAAAUAUACUUGUUGUUUCACACAA